AUGAAGAACGAGUUGAUAAUUGGCGCCUCUCUCUUGGCUUCCGCCCACGCGGCAGCAACCAGCGGUAGCUUUACCGCACUGAGCUUCAACGUCGCAGGCCUUCCAGCAAUCCUCAACUCCAAUGAUGUCAAUGGAACGAAAACGGAGAAUGCUGAAGAGAUCGGCACAUAUUUCGCAAAGUACGGCUAUGAUAUCAUCAAUAUGCAGGAGGACUUCAACUACCACGCUUACGUGUACAGCACUGAUGACCACGCCUACCGAACUGCGACUUCGGGUGGCGCAGGCAUCGGAAGUGGUUUGAAUACGGUUUCCAACUACGACUGGGUUGACUUCAGCCGCACCAAGUGGGAUACGUGCUCCGACGCGUCGGAAGAUGAUUGUCUUACUCCCAAAGGAUUCACUUUUAUGCGUUGGAACCCGUCGACUGGAGUCUAUAUUGAUGUUUAUAACCUUCACGCAGAUGCUGGCACCGAGGAUGGCGAUGAGACUGCCCGCAAUGCCAACUUGCAACAGGUUGCUGAUUACAUUGACAUUUGGUCCAUUGGAAACGCUGUCCUGAUUAUGGGCGACACCAACAGCCGCUACACCCGCUCCGCCGACACUGGCAUUCGCGUUUUUAAGUCCCAGAACGACUUGACCGAUGCUUGGGUGCAACUGGAGAAGGGUGGUGUCUAUCCUACCGCGGGAGCAGAUGCUCUCUUAUGCGACAACCCUUCAACGAUCGAGACGUGCGAGACCGUGGACAAAGUCCUGUACCGUGGCUCAGACAUCGUCACUCUCGAUGCCAGCGGCUUCGUCUACGAUGGUGAAAAAUUCUUGAACACGGACUCGGACUACUUGGGCGACGUUCUUUCUGACCACAACCCCGUCUUGAUCGACUUUUCCUGGUCGAUGUCCCAAUCGCUCCGACAGAGUGAAUUCUCUGGUGGACCCCACGGAGAUUGGUUCAACGAUCUGCCUGAUAUGCCCUCUUCUCCUACCGCUUCUGUCCUCACUUUCAUGGGCGGCAGCCGACUAGACUCUGUUGCCAUCGAGCUCACUGAUGGUACCACCUUCAGCCACGGUGGAACCGGCGGUACCGCGGUUUCCCUUACCCUUGGAACUGAUGAGUACUGGAUCGAGACCGAGCUGUGCACCGGAAAAUACAACAGCGAGACCAGAAACUUCUACAUCAAGGCCACCACCAGCUCUGGAAACACGCUUGAGGCGGGAACUUCUACCGACGACUGUUUGACUUUCACUGCCGAUGAUGGCUACGCUGUUGUUGGCUUCAUGGGACAGGAUGGCGACGAGAUGGACCAAUUGGCUUUGAUCUAUGCUGCUUACUAG